GGAAAUCAGGGCGGGGCUGCACCGCGCGGGGAGCUUCGGAGAAAUGUACUACAAGUUCGAAUCCCACCUCGGCCAUUUCCACCAGCUGUGCGAUUUUGGGAGGCUCCUAAAAUAUCCUGAACCCGGGAGGCCACUCGGGUUACGAGUCCAGAACGAAGAACUGAAGAAGACGGAGAAGGAGACUGCUCCCUGAGAGUGUGUCUGCUGGUCGGGGAGGCCUUCCUACAAGUCGGAGACCCUAGCCUGGCGGGGCCUCUACGUCCGCCAUGUCGGCACCCCGGCUGUUUACGCUGCAGCUGCUGCUCUUGCUGGGCGCGUCGGGGGCGCGCGCGGCCGCCCCGCGCUGCACCUACACCUUCGUGCUGCCCCCGCAGAAGUUCACCGGCGCCGUGUGUUGGAGCGGGCCGGCGGCCGCGCGCCCGGCACCCGAGGCUGUGAACGCUAGCGAGGUGGAGGCACUGCGCCUGCGCGUGGGCCGCCACGAGGAGCUGCUGCGCGAACUUCAGCGGCUGGCGACCGCCGACGGCGCCGUGGCCGGCGAGGUGCGCGCGCUGCGCAAGGAGAGCCGAGGCCUGAGCGCGCGCCUGGGCCAGCUGCGGGCGCAGCUGCAGCACGAGGCGGGCUCGGGGGCGGGGCCGGAACCCGCCGCCGCGCUGGCUCUGCUUGGGGAGCGAGUGCUCAACGCCUCGGCCGAGGCGCAGCGCGCCGCCGUCCGCUUCCACCAGCUGGACGUCAAGUUCCGCGAGCUGGCACAGCUGGUCAGCCAGCAGAGUGGUCUUAUCGCCCGCCUGGAGCGCCUGUGCCCGGGGGGUGCGGGCGGGCAGCAGCAGGUCCUGCCACCGCCUCUGGUGCCUGUGGUUCCAGUCAGUCUGGUGGGUGAUACUAAUGACACCAGUAGGAGGCUAAACUCAGCCCCAAAGCCCCAGAGAGACCAGACCCUGAGACAGCAGGAGCCCUUGGCCUCUCCUCUGCCCUCAGGGCACCCUGCUGUCCCUACCAAGCCUGCAGGGCCAUGGAAGGAUUGUGCAGAGGCCCGCCAGGCAGGCCAUGGACAGAGUGGAGUAUAUGAGCUACGACUGGGCCGGCAUGUGGUAUCAGCAUGGUGCGAGCAACAGCUGGAAGGUGGGGGCUGGACUGUGAUCCAGAGGCGGCAAGAUGGCUCUGUCAACUUCUUCACUACUUGGCAGCACUACAAGGCCGGCUUUGGUCAGCCUGAUGGGGAAUACUGGCUAGGCCUUGAACCUGUGCAUCAGCUGACCAGCCGUGGGGACCAUGAGCUACUGGUUCUCCUUGAAGACUGGGGAGGCCGUGGGGCACGUGCCCACUAUGACAGUUUCUCCCUGGAGCCUGAGAGUGACCACUACCGCCUACGGCUUGGCCAGUACCAUGGAGAUGCUGGAGACUCUCUUUCCUGGCACAACGACAAGCCUUUCAGCACUGUGGAUAGGGAUCGAGACUCCUAUUCUGGUAACUGUGCCUUGUACCAGCGGGGAGGCUGGUGGUACCAUGCCUGUGCCCACUCCAACCUCAAUGGUGUGUGGCAUCGUGGUGGCCACUACCGUAGCCGCUACCAGGACGGUGUCUACUGGGCCGAGUUUCGUGGUGGGGCUUACUCUCUCAAGAAGGCGGCCAUGCUGAUCCGGCCCCUGAGGCUGUGACCAUCUAUCCAUCUUUCCCCCAGGUCCCAGGGGGAUGUUUGUCAGCAGGAGCCCAAGUUGUCCUGGUCACACCUCCUUCAUGGCUCAGUGCAGGCCAUGUCCCACAGACCUCUUCCCAUUGUGGAUCUGCUCCUGGGGGCCCUGAACACAGGACCCGGGAAUCCCCCUGCCAAUAUCUCAGACCCAGACCGCUCCCCAAGGGCAUUUAGAUCUCCGUUUGAGCUCACAUUUUAUAACAACACAAAGUAUCCACA